AUGAAGCUUCUCGCCCUCCUCGUCGCGCUCGGCAUCGGGGCCGUUGCCCACCCCCAACCCAAUGACGCCGCAAGCACCCUUGAGUCUCGACAGACGUGCUCCGGCCCCAUCGAGAGCAACCCGUCGACCUGGUGGCGCGCCGCCAUCGACCAUAACGGCACGGCGCCCACGAGCUCCGACCCAACGUUCCAGUACUACCGCACGGCGGUUCAGUACGGCGCGGACAACACCGGCGUCAGGGACUCGUCCGACGCCUUCAAUUUUGCCAUCGAAGCAUGGACCCGCACGGGCAACACCGUGACGACCCGCCCGGCCUACGUCUACAUUCCGCCGGGCCGGUAUCGCAUCAAGAAGCCGAUCCAGAUGCUCGUAACGACCUUCCUCGUCGGCGACGCACUCAACCCGCCCGUCCUCAUCGCCGACCCGGCGCUCGGCGGCCAGCCCGUCAUCAACGGCUACGACGCGCACCAGGGCGACGGGUCCGCGACCAAGAACUUCCUCAUGGCGGUACGCAACGUCGUCGUCGACACCACUGAGGUCGGCACGGGUGUGCCGGCCGUGGGCAUCGACUGGAGCGUCUCGCAGGGGUGCUCUCUGUCCAAUGUCAAGAUCCGCAUGCCUAAUUUCUCGAGCCAUGUCGGUAUCACGAUGAACCAGGGCGGCUCUGGGAUUCUGAUCAGUGAUAGUCAAUUCGAGGGCGGUGCCAUCGGCAUCCGGGUCAAUGGCCAGCAGUACCAGUUCAAGAACCUCUCCUUCAACGGCUGCAAUGUCGGCAUCUCGAUGGACAGCGUUUACGUUGCCGUCGUGCAGGGCGUCACGUUCGCCAACUGCAACUUCGGCAUUGACAUGAGCCGCAACAAGACGGGCGUCGUCUCGCUCGUCGAUUCGAGCGUCCGCGCCUGUAACGCCGGCGUCAACAACCUGGUGACGGGGUACGGCCAGAACUCGCUCGUUAUCGACAACUUCCAGGUCACCGACGCGGCAGCCGUCAAGUCGGCGAGCGACGGGUCGACCCUAAGGGCCGGCUCGGUCGCGGCGGGACAGACGUGGGUCAUGGGCUACGUCAACUCGAACAACCUGCAGCGCGGCACGACAUAUCCAAUCGAGCGCCCGGCUGGGUUGUUAUCUGCGGGCAAAUACUUCACCGCCCCGCUACCUCAAUACGAGAAGUAUGCACUGGAUCAGUUUGUCAACUUGAAGGGCGACCCGCAGUAUCCCGUCUACGGAGACAACAGCCGCGAUGACGGGCCGAACAUCAACGCCAUCCUGCAGAAGUACAAGGGUUGCAAGAUCAUCUUCGUGCCCCAGGGCAUUUACCUCACCAAGGAGACAAUCUACGUUCCUCCCGGCACGAGGCUUAUUGGCGAGACCCUCAGCAUCUUCAACGGUAUCGGAUCGCGAUGGUGGAACCCCGACGACCCUCAGCCCAUUCUAAAGGUCGGCAACCCCGGUGAGACGGGCGUUGCGCAGAUCACCGACAUCACUGUCGAGGUCGGCGACGUUCUCCAGGGAGCAACCCUCGUGCAGGUAAACAUGGCGGGAUCCAAGCCCGGCGACGUUGGCAUCUGGAGCAGCGUCUUCCGCGUCGGCGGCACCAGGCACUCCAUCACCAACACCAACUGUGUCGGCGGGAACCCGGCCGCCUGCAAGGCGGCCUUCGCACUGAUGCACGUCACUUCGACUGCCUCUGCCUACUUGGAGAAUGUCUGGGGCUGGGUGGCUGACCACUCGCUCGACACCUUUGGCGGCGCGCAGAACAUUGCCGUCGGGCGUGGAGCGCUCAUCGAGAGCACCAAGCCCACGUGGCUGGUUGGAACCAGCUUCGAGCACUGCGUCUUGUAUCAGUACAAUCUCCACAACGCGCAGAACGUUUACAUCUCGUUGGAGCAGACAGAGAGCGCGUAUUGGCAGGGACAAGGCACUCCUCUAAGGGCGCCGAGCCCCUGGACGGUAAAACCGGCAUACGGCGACCCUGACUUCAGCAACUGUGCAGCUCAGGGGCAGGGCAACAGUGACCACUGCUUCCGGUCGUGGGGCCACUACAUGACGGGCAGCUCCAAGAUCGUGAUCCACGGGUCGGCUCUGUGGGCGUUCUUCAACGGAAUGAACGACAACCAGUGGCAUAACCCGCAAUGCGAAAACACGGGAGGCAUUUGCAUGACCAAUCAGGCGUUCGCCGACAGCGCCAAGUCAACGUAUUGGUUCGGCUUGAGCACGAAGAGUACGACGAUCCUUCUGUACGACAAGACGGGCGGCACCGUGUGGGAGGUGUAUGCGAGGGAUAACCCGGGGUCGUGGGGCGGCGUUGUUGCCGCGUAUCUGAGGGACUCGGGCGCUUGA